GGGGGUGCUUGUUGGACCCUGAUAGGGAAAGGGCUUCAGACUUCGGCUUGGAGAGCUUUUCUGGGUCUGACUGCGAGGCGUCGCUGGGAUCAGUUGGAGGAAAUGCCCUGGGGAGUGUUCGGCCAGGUCUAAUUGGGGGUAGCCGCAGGGAUCGGACGAAGAGGGUUUUCGGUUCGAGGUGGUGGGAGGCUUGGUCGAACUUGAUUGGGGGAAGCAGCAGUGACCCGUUAGCAGGAGUUAAUGCUGACUGGGGCGGGGGGUUGGAGCGCUGUGUGGGGAGGCUUUGCCAGACCUGACUGAGGAAGCGACAGGGACCCGUCCAGGGGCCUUCUGUCGCCGGAUAGGUGGGCUUGGUUGACUCUCCUGCGGAGAGGCAUCAGGGACCUGUCUGGAGACUGCUUUGGGUCUGAUUAAGGGGAAUCGCUGGACUGCGUGCCGGCACGGGAGAGACCACGGGGGCUGGGGCACUAUCGUGUUCUGGGGCAGGGUCCCUGGAUGGGGAGGUGGCUGGGCCCUCGCCUAGCAGCUUCGAGGGAAGUGGAAGUCUUAGGGCCCGGAGCCGAGGGCGGCGGUAUGGGCCGCGGUGGGCUGAAGGCCCAGUGUUGGGUGGGAUGAGGAUCCGCCGGGUCCCGUCGCCACCUCGCAUGGCCCGCUUCCACAUACCCGCGCCCGCGCUCCCGAGCCCGCGACUGCGCGGCCGUGGAUGGCGCAGCUGGCGGGGACCCCGCACUUGGGCGGGCGUGGAUCGGCGGCCUCCGUCUGUCCGCCGAGGACGCUCCCGCCCUGCUACCGCCGCCACCACCUCUGUGGGGGCUCAGCCCGGGACUCACACGGAGCCCCUGGGAUCCAGCGCUGAUCCUGGCCCCUACCCCCGCAGUUCACCUUGCACCAUGGACUGGCAGCCAGACGAGCAGGGCCUGCAGCAGGUCCUGCAGCUGCUCAAAGACUCGCAGUCGCCCAACACAGCCACGCAGCGCAUUGUGCAGGAUAAACUCAAACAACUGAACCAGUUUCCCGACUUCAACAACUACCUGAUAUUCGUCCUGACCAGACUCAAGUCGGAAGAUGAGCCAACUCGCUCUCUCAGUGGCCUCAUCCUCAAGAACAACGUGAAGGCACACUACCAGAGCUUUCCACCACCUGUGGCCGACUUCAUCAAACAGGAAUGUCUCAACAACAUCGGCGAUGCCUCCUCGCUCAUCCGGGCCACCAUAGGCAUUCUCAUCACCACCAUCGCUUCCAAGGGCGAGCUGCAGAUGUGGCCCGAGCUGCUGCCCCAGCUGUGCAACCUACUCAACUCGGAGGAUUACAACACUUGUGAGGGAGCCUUCGGAGCCCUGCAGAAGAUCUGCGAAGACUCAUCCGAACUUCUGGACAGCGAUGCCCUCAACAGACCCCUCAACAUCAUGAUUCCCAAGUUCCUACAGUUCUUCAAGCACUGCAGCCCCAAGAUCCGGUCCCAUGCCAUCGCCUGUGUGAAUCAGUUUAUCAUGGACCGGGCCCAGGCACUGAUGGACAACAUCGACACCUUCAUCGAGCAUCUGUUCGCCCUGGCCGUGGAUGAUGACCCUGAGGUGCGGAAGAACGUGUGCCGUGCACUGGUGAUGCUGCUGGAAGUGCGGAUCGACAGGCUCAUCCCCCACAUGCACAGCAUCAUCCAGUACAUGCUGCAGAGGACCCAGGACCAUGAUGAGAACGUGGCCCUUGAGGCCUGCGAGUUCUGGCUGACACUGGCCGAGCAGCCCAUCUGCAAGGAAGUCCUGGCCUCCCACCUGGUCCAGUUGAUCCCUAUCCUGGUAAACGGGAUGAAGUACUCAGAAAUCGACAUCAUCCUGCUCAAGGGGGAUGUCGAGGAGGAUGAGGCCGUCCCUGACAGCGAGCAGGAUAUCAAGCCACGCUUCCACAAGUCACGCACGGUGACGCUGCCCCAUGAGGCUGAGCGGCCUGAUGGCUCUGAGGAUGCAGAGGAUGAUGAUGACGAUGAUGCUUUGUCUGACUGGAAUCUGAGGAAGUGCUCGGCGGCUGCACUGGACGUCCUGGCUAACGUCUUCCGGGAGGAACUGCUGCCCCACCUACUCCCCCUGCUCAAGGGCCUCCUCUUCCACCCCGAGUGGGUGGUCAAGGAGUCGGGCAUCCUGGUGCUGGGCGCCAUUGCUGAGGGCUGCAUGCAGGGCAUGGUGCCCUACCUGCCAGAGCUGAUCCCGCACCUCAUCCAGUGCUUAUCAGACAAGAAGGCCCUGGUCCGCUCCAUCGCCUGCUGGACCCUGAGCCGCUAUGCCCACUGGGUGGUCAGCCAGCCCCCUGACAUGCACCUCAAGCCUCUGAUGACAGAGCUGCUCAAGCGCAUCCUGGAUGGCAACAAGAGGGUACAGGAGGCGGCCUGCAGUGCCUUCGCCACCCUGGAGGAGGAGGCCUGCACGGAGCUGGUCCCUUACCUCAGCUAUAUCCUGGACACCCUCGUUUUUGCCUUUGGCAAGUACCAGCACAAGAACCUGCUCAUCCUCUACGAUGCCAUCGGCACCCUGGCCGACUCUGUGGGCCACCACCUCAACCAGCCGGAAUACAUCCAGAAGCUGAUGCCUCCGCUGAUCCAGAAGUGGAACGAGCUCAAGGAUGAAGACAAGGACCUAUUCCCUCUGCUGGAGUGCCUGUCAUCAGUGGCCACUGCCCUGCAGAGUGGCUUCCUGCCCUACUGUGAGCCCGUCUACCAGCGCUGUGUUACCCUGGUGCAGAAGACGCUGGCCCAGGCCAUGAUGUACACCCAGCACCCUGAGCAGUACGAGGCCCCUGACAAGGACUUCAUGAUUGUGGCGCUGGACCUGCUCAGCGGCCUGGCUGAGGGCCUGGGCGGGCACGUGGAGCAGCUGGUAGCCCGCAGCAACAUCAUGACACUGCUCUUUCAGUGCAUGCAGGACUCGAUGCCUGAGGUCCGGCAGAGCUCCUUCGCCCUCCUGGGAGACCUCACCAAAGCCUGCUUCAUCCAUGUCAAGCCCUGUAUUGCUGAGUUCAUGCCCAUCCUGGGCACCAACCUGAACCCCGAGUUCAUCUCUGUCUGCAACAAUGCCACCUGGGCCAUUGGCGAGAUCUGCAUGCAGAUGGGGGCAGAGAUGCAGCCCUACGUGCAGAUGGUCCUCAACAACCUGGUGGAGAUCAUUAACCGGCCCAACACGCCCAAGACGUUGCUGGAAAACACAGCCAUCACCAUCGGCCGCCUGGGCUACGUGUGCCCACAGGAGGUGGCACCCAUGCUGCAGCAGUUCAUCCGGCCUUGGUGCACAUCCCUCAGGAACAUCAGGGACAAUGAGGAGAAGGACUCGGCCUUCCGAGGCAUCUGCAUGAUGAUAGGCGUCAACCCCGGGGGUGUUGUGCAGGACUUUAUUUUCUUCUGCGACGCUGUAGCCUCCUGGGUGAGCCCGAAGGAUGACCUUCGGGACAUGUUUUAUAAGAUUCUCCAUGGCUUCAAAGACCAAGUUGGGGAAGAAAACUGGCAGCAGUUCUCAGAGCAGUUCCCGCCGCUGCUUAAGGAGAGGCUAGCUGCCUUCUACGGGGUUUCUGUCUGCGUCGUCGUCAGAGGGGUUGCUGGGGAGCGCGCUGCGUCCAGAAGUCGCCGUGCCCUGGUCGAGGGGGGUUAGGGAGGAGUGAGUGGGACCCAAAUCCAGACGCCCUCCCCGUCCAUCUACCUGCCAUACCCGGCCAUAGGCCGGUCAGCGGGUGGGCAGGGCUGCGGACCCUGACUGGCCUCGAUCUGCAGUCCCUCUCGUUCCCACAUCCCUCCUUCCCCCUCAUCCUCUUCUUCCUGCGGGCUCCCAGGGUCUGUCCAUUUGUUACCGUGCUGUGCUGGGGACUGGCGCCAAGGUGGCGUGAGAUUCCACUUGUGUAGAACUUUGUUGAGUAAAGAUCAGUUUCUUGUGAAACCC